AGUCGCCACAAGUGUUUUCGAGGUUUUUGAUGUUUACAAAAUUGUUUUAAUUCAUUUCAUUCUAAAUUCUUAAUGUAAUAGGUGCAUUUUAUACGUUAUGUAUUAACUGAGCCAUUUUAGUUUACUACUUUAAGAAAAUGGCUGAUUUUCUAGAUUCUGAAGCUGAAGUAAGUGAGCAAGAUGAUGAAGAGUUAGAUUCUCAUGACAGGAGAAAAAUUAAGAAAAUCAAGACAGUGAGCGAUAGUGAGGACGAUGAAGAAGAUGAUGAGGAACAACUUCGUGAAGAAUUAAAAGAUUUAAUAGAUGACAAUCCAAUCGAAGAUGAUGAUAGUGGUGGUGAUGAUUCAGACGGUUCCGGAGAUCAUACAAAAAGAAAAAAAAGUGAUGAUGAGGAUGAACUAGACGAUCGUUUGGAAGAUGAAGAUUAUGAUCUUAUAGAAGAGAACCUCGGUGUGAAAGUUGAAAGAAAGCGAUUUAAAAGGUUAAAAAAAAUAACCGAUGAAGGUAGUGAUGAAGACGAACUGAUCGAUGAUGGUUUAAACAGAGAAGUUAUUGCCGAACAAUUAUUUGAAGGAUCUGCCGAUGAGGAAGACGAGCAUCAUUCUGAUCGCGAUGGCAAUCGCAACCUUGCUUCAGCAACUGCAGAUAACCAUGAAGAAGAAGAUGAUGAAGAAUCGGAUGCCGAUGAUUUUAUUGUUGACGAUGAUGGUGUCCCCAUCAGUGACAAACGAAAAAAAAAGCGACAUAUAUUUACAGACGCUUCUCUUCAGGAAGGUCAGGAUAUUUUUGGAGUUGAUUUUGACUACGAAGAAUUCGAAAAGUAUGAUGAAGACGAAUAUGAAUAUGAAUCUGAUGUUGAUGAUGAUUACGAGGAAGAGGCUGAACAAGGUGAUCAGCGUACCAAACGUCCCAAAAAACAAGCUCGCAAAAAAUCAUCGAAGAAGACUAUUUUUGAUAUAUUUGAACCAAGUGAACUUAAAAGGGGACAUUUUACCGAUCUUGACAACGAAAUACGCAAAACAGAUGUUCCCGAGAGGAUGCAAAUUCGGGAUGUACCAAUAACACCAGUGUCAGAAGGAUCUUCUGAAUUAGAAGAAGAAGCAGAAUGGAUCUACAAACAAGCUUUUUGUAGACCUCCAGUAUCUAAUCAGGAAACUUACUCUCGCAAAGCAAUAACAGCUAUACCUAAAAUUAAACAAGCGUUAGAUUUCAUGCGCAACCAGCAUUUGGAAGUUCCCUUUAUAGCUUUUUAUCGGAAAGAAUAUGUUCAACCAGACUUAAACAUAAACGAUCUAUGGAAGGUUUAUAAAUAUGAUGCAAAAUGGUGUCAACUAUUAGCACGGAAAACCAAUUUGCUAAAAUUAUUUGCAAACAUGCGAGAUUACCAGCUUGAUUUACUUAUGAAGGACCCUGAGGCUUCUAUUCCAGACGAAAUGAGGAUAUUAAAAGAUGAUGAUAUUGACAGAUUGAAGGCAGCAAAUUCUCCAGAAGAACUCAAAGAUGUUCAUAAUCACUUUAUGCUUUAUUAUGCGUAUGCUAUUCCAGCAAUGCAUGAACAUGUUAAGAGCAAAGAACGCGAUCGAAUUCGUCAACAAAAAAUAGAAGUACGUCGAAAAGCAAUCGAAUCUGGUGAAGGGGACGAAGAUGAAAUUGAUUUGUCCAAUUUUGACAUUGACCCAGAGCCCAUUCAGGAGGAAAGCGUUAAGCUUAAUGUCGAUUCUGGGCCAUAUUCUAUGUGUCGAAAGGGUGGUCUUUGUGGAUUUGCCAAACGAUUUGGAUUAUCACCGGAACACUUUGCUGAAAAUGUUCGAGACAGUUAUCAACGACACGAAGUUGAUCAAGAACCAAGUGAGCCUUUUGAUGUAUGUAGAGAAUAUGUAAAUCAUCGGUUUACUUCAGUAGAGGACGUAUUGCAUGCUGGUAAAUUUAUGGUCGCUCGACAAAUAGCAAAAGAACCUAUGCUUCGACGUUCUAUUCGUGAAUUGUACUAUGAACGUGCAAAACUAACAGUACGGCCCACAAAGAAAGGAAUUAAAGAAAUCGAUGAAAAUCAUCAAUGUUUUUCAAUGAAAUAUUUGAAAGAUAAACCAGUCCGUGAUUUGACGGGAGAUCAAUAUUUAAAACUACAAAUCGCUCAAUGUGAUAAACUCCUUAGUAUGACAAUUUCCGAACAAAUUGAAGGAAAUGCUUCAUCAGAUCUUUUGGAUGAAAUGAAAGCGCUUUACCAGAAAGAUGAAUUUUCAAAAAAUGUUCAAGAAUGGAACAAAAUACGGUCCGAGUGUGUUGAAUUAGCCUUUAACAAAAUGAUUUUACCAGAGCUGAGAAGGGAAUUGCAGACUAUUCUUUUAGAGGAGUCGAAGGACGCUGUAUUAAAAGUAUGUUGCAGAAAACUUUACAACUGGAUCAAAGUUGCACCUUAUAGUCCAUCUUUUGACGUUGAGGACGACGACUAUGAAUGGGAUACUUCCCGUGGGAUUCGCGUGAUGGGUGUAGCAUUUGUACCUGAUCUAUCACAGGCUGCUUUUGCAGUUAUUAUCACAACAGAAGGAGACGUGAGCGAUUACUUGCGGAUUCCACACUUGUUGAAGCGAAAAAACACACACCGAGAAGACGAAAAAAAAUUAAAAGAAACCGAUUUACAAUCUAUUACUGAUUUCGUUCGUAAUAAGAAACCUCAUGUAAUAGUUAUAGGGGGCGAGUCUAAGGAAGCCUUAAUGGUGCAGAAAGACUUGCAAGAAUGCGUACGAAUUCUUGUUGACGAAGAGCAGUUUCCUGAAAUUUGUGUUGAGAUUAUAGAUAACGACUUAGCUAAAAUUUAUUCAAACUCCAUCAAGGGAACUGUCGACUUUCGCGAAUAUCCAUUACUUCUGCGACAAGCAAUAUCUUUGGCUCGAAGAAUUCAAGAUCCGUUAAUAGAAUUCUCCCAGCUUUGCACUGCGGAUGAGGAAAUUUUGUGUUUGCGCUUUCAUACCUUACAAGAUCAAUUAUCCAAAGAAGAGCUGUUAGAAAAUCUCUACAUUGAAUUUAUUAACCGUACUAAUGAAGUAGGCCUCGAUGUAAAUUUAACAGUUCAAAACUCGUUAACAGUUAAUUUGGUGCAGUUUAUUUGCGGUUUGGGACCAAGAAAAGGUCUAGCUCUAAUCAAGGUACUCAAACAAACGAAUCAACGAUUAGAAAACCGCACACAACUGGUAACAGUUUGUCAUAUGGGACCUAAGGUGUUUAUUAACUGUUCGGGAUUUAUUAAAAUAGAUACUAGCUCAUUAGGUGACAGUACAGAAGCGUACGUUGAAGUUUUGGACGGAUCCCGUGUUCAUCCUGAGACGUACGAAUGGGCUCGAAAAAUGGCAGUUGAUGCUUUAGAAUAUGAUGAUGAGGAAGCAAAUCCGGCUGGUGCUUUAGAGGAAAUUUUGGAAUCUCCUGAGCGCCUAAAAGACUUAGAUUUGGAUGCCUUUGCAGUCGAAUUAGAACGUCAAGGUUUUGGAAAUAAAAGCAUAACUCUAUAUGAUAUUCGUGCGGAGUUGAAUUCUAGAUACAAAGAUCUUCGAACUGCGUAUCGCUCAGCUACUCCUGAAGAACUUUUUGAUUUUCUGACAAAAGAAACCCCAGAAACACUAUACGUUGGAAAAAUGUUGCUCAGUACAGUUGCUGGGAUUAGCCAUAAAAAACCUCAAGGAGAUCAAUUGGAUCAAGCAAACCCUGUUCGUAAUGAUGAAACCGGUCUGUGGCAAUGUCCGUUUUGCAUGCAAAAUGAAUUUCCAGAACUUUCAGAAGUAUGGAAUCAUUUUGAUGCUGGUGAAUGUCCCGGACAGGCGACUGGGGUACGCUUAAGAUUUGACAAUGGUUUAUCAGGUUUCAUUCAUAUAAAAAAUAUUUCCGAUAAGCAUGUGAAAAACCCAGAAGAGCGUGUACAUAUAGGACAAGCUAUUCAUGUACGUGUCGUAAAAAUUGAUGUUGAUAGAUUUGCCUUGGAUUGCUCUUCAAAAAGCUCAGAUUUGGCCGAUAAAAAUAAUGAGUGGCGACCACGUAAAGAUCAAUAUUAUGAUCAAGAAGCUGAAGAUAAGGAUAACAAGAAGGAGUCCAAUGUCCAUACGAAUUUGAAUAGACAACAGUACAUAAAAAGAGUAAUUGUUCAUCCUUCUUUUCAAAAUAUUUCGUAUGCUGAAGCGUUAAAGAAACUUGAUCAACUAGACCAAGGGGAUGUGAUAGUUCGACCAUCCAGUAAAGGUUCAGAUCACCUAACUGCUACAUGGAAAGUAACUAACGAUAUAUACCAGCACAUUGAUAUACGAGAAGAGGGCAAAGAAAAUAUAUUUAGCCUGGGUCAAUCAUUGUGGAUUGGAAAUGAAGAAUUUGAAGACUUAGAUGAAAUAAUUGCUAGAUAUAUUAACCCAAUGGCAUCUUAUGUAAGAGAUUUACUUAAUUACAAGUAUUAUAAAGAAACAAGUGGAGGUAUGAAAGAUAAGGCGGAAGAUAUUAUUAAAGAAGAAAAGAAAAAAAAUCCCAAUAAGAUACACUAUGUCAUAUCGGUAGCGAAAAAUUACCCUGGAAAAUUUUUACUAUCUUAUUUGCCACGAACGAAAUUCAAACAUGAGUAUAUAACUGUUACACCAGAAGGGUAUCGUUUCAGACAACAGCGCUUUGAUUCAGUUAAUUCAUUGUUGAAAUGGUUCAAAGAACACUUCCGUGACCCCAUUCCCUCUCCAAAUAGCACGCCACGAGGGACAACAGCAUCAUUGCGAACUCCAUACUCAGGAACACCUAGAUAUAGCAAUGAUACGAUCCAGAAAAUGGCGCAAACCAUGCCUGCACAUUUGUUGACAUCAUUAACACAAGCUACUGGCCAUACACCACAUUAUGGAUACACGCCAGGGGAUAUUGGUAGUACAAGCAAUUAUAUUACAACGCCCUAUACUCCGAGUGGACAAACACCCUACAUGACACCUUAUCAGCAAACACCCCAAUCUUCGAUGACUCCAAAUUGUGGUUUCGCAACUCCGUCAAGAAGCUCAGCCGCGUCCUACGUCCGUCCGUCGAUGUAUGGCACUGGAGCACCUACAAGUAAAACAGCAUCUAUAUCUCCUUAUUCGUCUGAUAAUGGCAACAGUCGGUUCAAUUCACUACAUACAGAGGAUGAUGUUUGGGACAAGGAAGACGUUGUUUGGACUUCGAAGAAUACUAAAAACAAUAAAUUCAAAGAUAAUGGAAGGAAUUCACCACAAAGUGCAACUCACAACUCACAUGCCGAAAAUCGUGCCCACAGUAAUUUCGCAAAUCGAAGCAGUAGUCAACGACAAAUUGUUACUAAUAAUACUGCAGAUCUUGGAACAUCCAAUGUACAGAGAUCAAGUAAUGUGACGCAAACGACACUGGCGACGUUAGGUGAUUCUACUCCAUUGUGGGAUGAAUGAAUUAUAGCAAAGUGCACAAUAUACAAUGUAAGUCCAUUCUGUGGAUUUUAAUGAAUAAAUAAUC